AGUUAACAAUGUUCUCUAAGAUACCCAAAAAGCUCAUCAUCACAGAAUGUCAAUAUCAGAUAAUUAAAAGGGAAAGAGCAAGGAGAAGUCAGAUGUUCCGCUAACUUUUUUUUUUUUUUUUUUUUUUUUUGGUGAUUAUAUCUGUUUGGCUGACAGAUGACCCAGAUAUGUCUUUAACUUGCAAAAAUAUUACAAGUGAAAGAACCCCAUUUUAAUCAAUUUAACACUCUGGCAAUCUAAUAGUAGUUAAGCUGUCUUCUUUGUUUUUGUAGCUAUUUCCAUGUGAAAGCACAUCAUAACAAUGGAGUUGAUAAGCUGAAUAUGGGAAAUGAAAUGGGUAACAACAACACUUCAGGUUUGAAAGUUGAAGAUAACACAGCAAUUGAAGUUCCCAAAGAAUCAGCAAAAGAAACUAGUGCUGAAGAUAAUGUAAAAGAACAAAAUCACAUAGUACCUGCAGCUGAAGAAAAAGAUUUCCAUGUGAAAGUUAAUGGUUCUGUUUCUAAUGAUCCAGAGGGAGUAGAAGAUAGUGGUUCUGAUAAGAAGAUAUCUUGUCAAAGAGGACAAGAAGAAACUGAAGUUCUUCCACUUGCUGAAUCUCCAAAACUUUCAGCAGUAUCAAAUGAAGCUGGCGGCGGUGACAAUGAAAUAGAACCAGCUUCUCUAUCCAAUGAGACAGAAGCUGAGAAGCAAAUAGAGUCCAAAAUGGAGGAGAUUCUUCUGGAAACUAUUGAACAUGAGCUUCAGAAGCAGGCUUCUGUCAAGAAAGAAGAGGGAGUAAUGGAAGACCCAGUUUUUGAUGUAAUCAAUACACCACAUGAUCCAGAGCCUUCAAAUCCUGAACAAUCAGAGUGUAAUCAGAAUGAAUUAGCCAUGAUUCAUGAUCACCCAUCUGAACCAGAAGGCUGUGAAUCAUUACUAGGAGGUGAUGAGGAUGUCACGGGAUCAAGUUUAGCAUGUGACUCUAAGGAUAAUGGUCACCUGUCUGGUCCUGAGACACCAGAGAAAGUCGGAGCGACAUCUGAUACUCGUGACUUACAAGUAGAGCAAGAAGAAUGUAAAGAAGAUAUAAAAUUCUGUAAAGCUAAAGAUGGAGAUAAGAUUGAUAAUGGAUUGAGCAGUGUAACAAUAGUUCCAACUUGUAUUCCGAAUGGUUUUGGUGAAAAUUUUGAUGAGGGGAUUCCAGCUGAGGUGAGUAUAAGUAGAAAUGACUCCUCAGAACCAGAACCAGAUCCGGAACCAGAAGCCAUUUCAAUGGCUAACUCACUAAAGCCUCAUAUGGAAGCUCCUGAAACUGAAGAUAAACUCAUGGUUAUUACAGAGGAAACCAGAUUAGUAGUAAAAGAUUCGGAAAGUGGAGAGUGCAAGCAUGGUUAUGACACAAGCCAACCUUGUGAAGAAUUGAUGGAAGAAUCAAAACCUGAUGAGUCAAAUGCAUUUCAGUCCGAAUCCAUAGAUCGAAUGUCUGAACAUGAGAACUGUGAACAGGAAGAUGUGGUUGGUUCUGUUAAUGAUCCAGGGAUCGAGAAGGACAAUCUAACCGAAGAGGCAAAGGUUGCUGAGAAUGGUGACUUGGAGGUUGUUUGCGUUGACAACCAGAAUGGGGUUUCUGAGGAACACUGCCAGGACUCCAAAGAAAAAGCUCUGCUGAUUCCUCAACUCAGAAGUGAUCCGGAAGAGUUAACUGUCACAGAUUGCAACCAGAAGGAAGAAGAUUUUACUUUAGAGAAGAAAAUUGUUGAGGACAGGAAGGAGAAUUCAGAGCCUUUGUACUGCAAUGAAAUUGAAAAAGAAGGAACAAAAACCACGGAGGAAAAGCAACUUCCAGUUGAUCAAGCAGAGGAACUUCCUAUUCAAUCUCCAUUAUCUUCGCUCCAAUCUCAAAAUCACCAGCAGGAAUUUGUAUCAAGAGCUGAGACUGUUCAUAGUAGCGACCAAUCAAUCCAAGAAUUGAAGAAAGAUAAUUUUGGUAAGUUUCUUGACAGAGAAGUUUCCACUUUUGAUUCCACUAACUUGGUAGCAGAAGUACUAGUCUCUAUGAAUGAGUUGGGAGUUGAUAAGCCUGAGCAAGAUGUUAUACAGAAUGAGAUUUCCGCCAGCCAACCCGCUGAGCAAUGCACAAAAGUUGAAACAUCUGCAUUUGCAAGCUGUGGUUCUGAACCACGAGAAAGUGUCGAAAGGUUCAGCACUGAUUCGGAUCCUGACAACCUGAAUGUUCAUGCUCAGAUGCGGAAAUCUCCAAGCUUCAACCUCAAUCUUCUAAGUGAAGAAUACAAGACCGAAGAAUCAGAUCGAACACCUUUAUUGUAUCAGGACAAGGCUGCAAUCCAAAUCUUACCAAACCGAAGUGAUGUUAAUCUUGGAAACUCAAUGACAGACUGUGGAUAUGAUCAAAUAGACCUGUCAAAGUACCAAGCAAUGCCAGUGGAAGAGAAAGUAGUCACAUUAGAAAGAAGUGAUUCAGAAAAGUCAAGAACACCAUUUCUUGGUUUCUUGAAAGAAGAGGAAGAAGCUCAUAUUGUAGUUACACCAAAUAAACAGGAAAACCAUUCUGCUACCAAGAAACCAACCAAGGAUUUGUGCAAGUCACCUACUAAAGAAAUCACUUCGGCCUCACCAAAAGUUAAAGAAAAAAGGAAGGCAAGGUCUUAUCUCUUUGGCACCUGCAUGUGUUGUGCAACUGUGAUUAAUUAAAUGCCUCUUUGGAAAAAAAGGGGAAAAAAAAAAAAUCUGUUUCACUUUUUCCAUUUGUUUUGGUUGGGUUUCUAAUUCAAGUUCUCUGAAAAAUGGAGUUUUGAUGGACUUGAAGAGUGAGUAUUAUUGAAACUACCCCUUCCUCUUUUUUUUUUUUUUCCCUAAUUUAUUCCCACUUUUUUCUCUGUUUAUUAAGUUAUUUGUGUUUAACUCAUGACUUUAUGCCACUUGGGAUUCUUUGUGUCUUAAAUUUAUUUUAUCUGAUUGAGAGAAAUUUGAAAGUUUGGAAGGAAUUUGUACUUGAGGUAGCAUUGCUGCCUUUGAUUUGUAACAUUUGUUAAUUCUUAAUUCAUAAUACAAUGACAUUAUUUGCUGUA